AUGGCGACCGCCAUGCGGAGCGCCCGCCUCCUACGGCUCGGCUUCUGUCACGUCCCUUCUCUUCUCUUCCGAGGGCCCCUGUCCCCCUCCCCGAGCCCGGGCCUGGGCCUGGGCCUGAGCGUUGCCAGGGUCGGGUUGGUCCAUCUCCGAUGCUCGGCGGCCGAGGCCGGCGACGGCAGGGGUAAGAAGGUGUCAGCGCGACUAGCACUGGCACAGCAGGUGAUGCGCGACGCCGAGGAGCGCGCGGCCUCAGCCGGCUCUGAUCCCGCCCCCAAGAUCACCAUGGAUCAUGUUACUGUUAGCUUUGCAAGAAGUGGGGGCGCGGGUGGUCAGAAUGUUAACAAAGUUAAUACAAAGGUUGACAUGCGGUUCAAUGUUGAGAAAGCUCAUUGGCUCGGAGAGAGGAUUAAGGAACGGAUAUUGCAAACGGAAAAGAACAGGAUAAAUAAGGAUGGUGAACUUGUGAUGUCUUCUACGAAAACUAGGACACAGAAGGGCAAUAUUGAAGAUGCUUUGCAGAAAAUACAGGUAGCGAUCAUUGAUGCUGCAUCAUAUGUUCCCCCACCGCCUUCAGAAGAGCAAAAGAAGAAAAUUGAAAAAAUUGCUGCAGCCGCUGAGAGGAACAGAAUGCAAAACAAGAAGGUACUCUCACAGAAGAAAGAAUCGAGGAGGAGCAAACCCAGCUGGGACUGA